GUAUUCUCCUCAUUUCCCUCCCCUGUUAUACACAAACUCCCGAUUAUUUCCCUUCCUUGCAAGAGAAGCUUACAGCUUUCAACUUUUUUUGAAGUUGUUUACCUUACAUCUCUGUUUCUCUCUCUUUGCAUCUCAUCAUUCACUCCACUACAUUCUUUGAAACGGAGAGAGAAUGACAAUAGAGAUGCCCAAAGGCCUUCCUUUCUCUGUGGAUACGUGGACACCGUCAUCGAAGAAGAAGAGACAUCAUUUCCUCACUCACGCCCAUAAAGACCACUCCACUGGAAUUACUCUCUAUUCCUCUUACCCAAUUUAUUGUACCCAUUUAACCAAAACUUUGGUUCUUCAACAAUUCCCUCAGCUCGACGAUUCUUUGUUUGUUUGUAUCGAGAUUGGUCAGUCGGUGGUUAUUGAUGACCCGGAUGGAGCUUUUUCCGUUACGGCUUUUGAUGCCAAUCAUUGUCCUGGAGCUGUCAUGUUCUUGUUUGAAGGCAACUAUGGAAAUAUCCUUCACACAGGAGAUUGCAGGCUCACCCUUGAGUGUCUUCAAAAUCUACCAGAAAAAUACAUAGGAAAGAAAGGAAGAGAACCCAGGUGCCGGCUUGACUAUGUUUUCCUUGAUUGUACAUUUGGGAAGUUCUCCUUACAGAUUCCAAACAAGCAUUCGGCAAUUCAACAGGUGAUCAAUUGCAUUUGGAAGCACCCAGAUGCUCCUGUGGUGUACCUGGCAUGCGAUCUUCUUGGUCAGGAAGACAUACUUGUGGAGGUAUCCAGAACAUUUGGGUCCAAGAUAUAUGUCAACAAGGUUACAAGUGCAGAAUAUUUCCAAGCACUCAUGCUCAUAGCUCCUAAUAUUCUAUGUGAAGAUGAGUCUUCUCGCUUCCAGUUGUUCGAAGGAUUUCCUAAAUUAUAUGAAAGAGCAAAAGCAAAGCUCAUAGAAGCCCAAACUAAAUCCCAGCCUGAGCCUGUUAUUAUUCGACCAUCUGCACAGUGGUAUGCUUGUGAAGAAGAGACUUUAGAACCUAAAAAGCAAAGAAAGCAGAGAUUCAAGGAGGCGGAGAGGGAUUCAUUUGGUGUUUGGCAUGUAUGUUACUCUAUGCACUCAUCUCGAGAAGAGUUGGAAUGGGCUUUGCAACUAAUGCAUCCUAAGAGGGUUGUUUCAACAGCCCCAAGUUGUCGGGCUAUGGAAUUGCCUUAUGUUAAGAACAACUGUUUUGGUGCUCCUGUAAUGCCAAAUGAUCCUUUAUGGAAGAUUCUGGACAUUAAUACAGAAGAGGGAUCCACUUCCCCAAAAGCUUCUACUUUUUCACAAGUCCCCGUUGAGGGUGACAUCUCCUUUUCUGCAGUUAAAGGACAGUUACCAGAUUUUGCAGAAUCCAAGCAGUUAGGCUUAAAGAGUCUGCCUACCAAGCCUACCAAGCAGAUAGAUCUUUGCUUGAAUUUGUCUCCCCCCAGCACAACAUCAUCCAUCACAUUGUUUGGAAGAGCAAGACUUGGCCUCAGAGAGUCUGAUGUUCUGUUCCAAGAAGAGAAAACUGUCUCUACCAAAAUUGAUCCUUCUCCCAUUGUAAUCACUGAAAAAAAACAAGAAUCAUCCUUGCAAGAGGCUGGUGAAUUUGAUGUUCUGUUCCAAGAAAAGAAAACUGUCUCCACCGAAAUUGAUCCUUCUCCUAUUGUAAUCACUGAAAGAGAACAAGAAUCAUCCUUGCAAGAGUCUGGUGUUUUUGAAUUACAAUUAGAGAAACUAGAGGAAAGUGAAGUGAAGAAGGAAAAGAGGUUCCCUCACUCUCGCAGCGGACCAUCAAAUGACUUGAGUGAAAGUUUGAGGAAGCUUUACAGAUCCAUGAGAGUUCCAGUGCCUCAACCUCUUCCAUCACUAGUGGAACUUAUGGAUGGCAAAAAACGAGCCAAGAGGAGGAUCCAUUUUUAGUCCUACUGGCUACAGCUUGAAUAAAGAUGAGCAUGAGAAUCUUUUACAUUCUUGUGAUU